AUUGGCUGAGGAAAGUAGUUCUUUCGGUCUGCUAGAUUGAGUGAUGACUGAAUCUCAACGGGGAACAUUAUUUUGAGAAUGAGAGUGUAGUUUCUGCGUUCUUCGUAAAUCGUCUCGUUGGGAUUGUCCUUGUUUUAAGAACGGGUCAGUUUGACGAGCCGCGCAGCCACGGACUGAGAAGAUCCCCAUAGACUGCUUUGUGUUACUGGUGACACGCCGAGUUUUUCGGGUCUUUGUGGGAGUUCGCGGUCAGUCCGGAGUACCCCUGGUGGAUGGAAUUGCAUGUUCCCGAUUAUCGUCAGAGCGCAAAGGAGAUUUGUCUCCAAUUGAAAUCUCACGCCAGCUAACUGACCACAGUUGGAAGCCCUGACAGCUAAUGAAGGUAUCUGACGAAGUCCUUUGGAAAGACCGAUCAGGCUAAUAUGCUUAUGAAACGCGUGACACUGGCGCUGCUGAAGGGGCAGUCCACAACGAGGUUAGCAAGAAGCCCCAGAAAAGGAGGUUUAAGUUUGUGCGCAAGUUCCCAUGGAUAAAACGCAGCAAGCACAGUGAAGGAGAGCAGAGAGGAGGAUGAACAGAAGUCAGCUGACUGCAUGGACUCUGGGGACAGUAACUCUGUCACGAACAGCCAGAGUCCGUGCGUAGUCACUGUCGACUCUGAGUCACUGACAUCCAGAACAUCCUCUACUCAGAGUAAUGUAGAGGAGCACCAGUCCCCUCCGGUGGUGACAGGAAACACCACGUCAGAUGGAGGACCUUCCAGCUUCCUGAAAAGGUCCCCCAAGAAGGACAGGGGUGAUGCUGCAGAGGGAGGACGCCAGCGGCUGGUCUGCCUCGGGCUACCAAACCUGGGGCAGACCUGUUUCAUGAACGCCACCCUGCAGUGCCUGUUUCACCUAACGUCCUUCUGCCAGGACAUCACUAGGCAGAAGGAACACUGGGGGCUGGUCCCGUCUACAGACCUGAUGAGACAUUUCACUGAUCUUCUGACUACACCUGAGUCAAGGGUGAAGCAGAAGAAGCAACUAUUGAGGAAUUUGAUGGGCAGGUUUUCAGGCCAGUUCACUGAAGACGAGCAGUGUGACGCCCAUAAAUUCCUCACAUUUUUGAUUUCCCAGUUGAGUGACCUGGGAAUAUCAGUUCAGGCCAGGGAGAGUACGGCCACGUACCUCUGCCCAGUUGAGGCAAACCUGGCCUUUGAGAUGCUGUCGGAAGACCUGUACCAGCUGUGGAGCACAGACCUCCAAGACAGAGGGAUUUAAUAAUCUGUCCUUAGACGUCCUUUCCUGUCAGUCUGUGCAAGACCUCCUCCAGAACUACUUCAAGGUAUCUGUGGCUCUGCACAAACAGGAUCACUCACAGCUAGCUGCAUGCCACAGAGAAACACACACACUUGUACAUCUACCCCACCAUAUACUAGCUGGGACGACAACUCUCCUCGCGUAAUCUUGUUUCUCUGAGUUUUCCUAUAGUCCCCUGUCUUCCUGACCUGUCUACCCCCUACGUGUGUUGUAUAUGUAUGGUCGGGUUGAUGGCCAAUAUUUCGCUGGUACU